AUUCUUUCCUCUUAACUAUGUUUGGAGACAACAUCAUCAGUUAUGUUAAAAAUAUUCACGAGAACAACAAGGACAAAAGAGGAAAAAACUUAAUCAUUUAAGCCAACUUAUAUAUAAUACUUAUCUUAUGUAUUUCUUCACGCAAGAACCUAAGAUUUGGAGGUUAAGCAUUUUCUCUUAUAUAUAUAGCCCUACCAAAUAUUCCUACAAACAUACUCUAUCAUUCCUUUCUUUCAUCAAACCCUAGCUUUUUUGUGACCUAAUUAUUACAUCCAAAAAAAGUACUAUAAACCCUAGCUUUAGAGAUGAGUCUAACCUCUACCGGCAGCGGCGGUGGUGGCGGAAGCCCUUGUGGAGCAUGCAAGUUUUUGAGGAGGAAGUGUGUGCAAGAUUGUGUUUUUGCUCCGUAUUUCGAUUCGGAGCAUGGUGCAUCACACUUUGCAGCUGUGCACAAAGUGUUUGGGGCUAGCAAUGUAUCAAAACUCCUCCUUGGUAUUCCAGUUAAUAGGAGGUUUGAUGCUACAAUCUCUCUUUGCUAUGAAGCUCAAUCAAGGUUGAGAGAUCCUGUCUAUGGAUGUGUUGGUCACAUCUUUGCCCUCCAGCAACAGGUGAUGACUUUACAAGCUGAGCUCUCCUACUUACAAAGCCAGCUUAACUCAACAGAACCACCACAGGCGCCUGCAGCACCACCAAUGGUCUUCUCCGUUGCCGACCUACCACCAUCCACCGCCACAACCAUGCCGGCCACCUAUGACAUGUCUACACUUUUUGAUCCAAUGGGCCAGCCUGCAUUGUCCAUGCAACAAGAGAGGCUCAAUAUUGACCCGCGUCAAUAUGGAGCUGCUCAUGGCCCAAUAUCAACCACUGGUUCUGGGCUUCAAUUAGUGGCAUGUGACCUUUCUCAUAGACAAGUUGGUUCUUCAUCAGGAUCAUCCUCCAAAGUUUCAUCAUCUCCUUCCUUUUCCAAAUUUUAUAAAUGAUCAAUCAUGUUUUAAAUUUCAUUCAUUUAUCUUUUUUGUGGUCCUUUCAUCGAACAAGGGAUAUAUUUUUGCAAGGGAUUUUAAAUUAGGGAUAUAUUUUUGCAAGGGAUUUUAAAUUUUCAAAUUUUUUUUAAUUAUUAUGGUAGAAAUUAAUUCAUGUAGCUGAUCUCAUUUAGUGGGAUAAGAUUUAUUUGUUGUUUUAAACAUUUAUCUCAUUUAAUGGGAUAAGAUUUGGUUGUUGUAGUAAUCUGCUGAAAAUUAUUAUGAGUUAGUCAUG